AGCAACACACACACACACACACCUCGAGUCAGUCCACUGCGGACCGUGACAGAGCAGCAGCCCUGAUAACGGAACCAAAAUCGAUAACUAUAUAAAAGAGAAUGAUUUGAUCCUUUCACACUCUACAGUUAGUUUAGCAGCAUUUCUUACUGAUUUAUUAACGACUUGGAACAAGGAGAAAUGGGAAACACAUCAAGAAGCGACCCACCAAAAACUACUUUGUUCAGUAAAGAGAAAAACGGUAUAACUUACAGGAUCCCAGCUUUAAUUUACAUUAACGACACUCAAACAUUUCUUGCUUUUGCUGAGAAAAGAACAUCACCACGUGAUAUUGACGCCACUCUCCUGGUCAUGAGGAGGGGAACACGGCACAAUGGGUCCAUUCAGUGGUCAGAUGUUCAGGAGCUUGACACUGCUUGUUUGACUGGAUAUCGCACCAUGAACCCGUGUCCGGUCUAUGAGAAAAAAUCUAAGGCUCUCUUUCUGUUCUUUAUCUGUGUGGAGCGUAAGAUCUCUGAACGUGAACAGAUUUGCACUGGUAAGAACAAGGCUCGGUUGUGUUACGUCACUAGCAAGGACAGUGGGCAGAAUUGGAGCAACGUGGUAGACUUGACAGAAAGCGUGAUUAAAGAUGAGAUUAGAAAUUGGGCCACGUUUGCUGUUGGACCUGGACAUGGCAUUCAGAUGAAAAGUGGUAGACUCAUCAUUCCUGCUUAUGUCUAUUAUAUUCAUUGUCGUUGUUGUUUUAUAUUACAUGUUACAUCACAUGCUUUCGCAUUCUAUAGUGAUGAUUGUGGGAGCACGUGGCACAUUGGAGAAAGAGUAAGUAGUGAGUCUUUUGAGUGUGAGAUGGCAGAGAUUGUAGAACAGUCCAGGAGCGAGCUAUACUGCAACGCACGAAGCGCUAAAGGUCACAGAAUCGAGGCUUUGAGCGAGAGUAGUGGAACAAAAUUUGAUAGACCUCAUUUUGCACAGAAGCUAGUAGAGCCCCAUCAUGGCUGCCAGGGUAGUGUGGUGAGCUUUGCUGCACCUGAAGAACAAGAGAACUGUUUAACACCAAAUACAAAGACUUGGCUCCUUUAUUCACAUCCAACCAACAAAAUGAAGAGAAAGGAUCUUGGGGUUUAUCUGAAUAAAUCUCCUCUUAAUGUCUCUGGUUGGGGCAAACCAUGGAUUGUCCAUCAUGGCCCCAGCGGGUACUCGGAUCUUACUCUGUCCGAGGAGCCCAAGUGCUUUGCUUGCCUAAUGGAAUGUGGGAAGAAGAGUGAACUUGAAGAAAUAGCCUUUGUGGAGUUUUCUCACUCUGAUAUCAUGAACAAUCAGUAGCUAUAUUUACAUGCUUAUUAAAAAUUGAAAAUAUAUAUACCCACACAAUAUUAACAAAAGUUUUAGGACACCCCUCCAAACCAUUGAAUUCAGGGGUUGGGCUCGGCCUCAUAGUUCCAGUGAAAGGAACUCUUAAUGCUUCAGCAUACCAAGACAUUUUGGACAUUUUCAUGUUCCCAACACCGUGGGAACAGUUUGGGGAUGACCCCUUCCUGUUCCAACAUUACUGCACACCAG